UGAGCUGGGAUAGGGAUGUGCAGGAGGUGGGUGGGAGUUGCCUUGGUAACAUCUCUGCUGCUGCGGGUCCAUUUUUGGUCUUUUCACCAGAAAAACACAAUCCUGGGUUUGCAGAAGGGCUAUUCGGAGUCCCCAGACCUGGAGUUUGAAUAUGCAGAUACUGAUAAAUGGGCAGCAGAGCUCUCUGAGCUGUACAGCUACACAGAGGGGCCAGAAUUCCUGCUCAACCGCAAGUGCUUCGAGGAGGAUUUCAGGAUCCAUGUGAGGGACAAGAAAUGGACCGAGCUGGACAAGAACCAGCACCACACCCAUGCCAUGAGGCUGCUGGACGGGCUGGAGGUGACGGCGCGGGAGAAGAGGCUGAGGGUUGCCCGAGCCAUCCUUUAUGUGGCCCAAGGCACGUUUGGGGAGUGCAGCUCCGAGGCUGAGGUGCAGGCCUGGAUGAGGUACAACAUCUUCCUCUUGCUGGAAGUGGGAACCUUCAAUGCUUUGGUGGAGCUGCUCAACAUGGAGAUUGAUAACAGUGCAGCCUGCAGCAGCGCCGUGAGGAAACCAGCCAUCUCCCUGGCUGACAGCACGGACCUGAGGGUGCUGCUGAACAUCAUGUACCUGAUCGUGGAGACUGUUCGGCAGGAGGCUGAAGGGGACAAACCUGAGUGGAGGAGCAUGAGGCAGACCUUCAGAGCAGAGCUGGGAGCCCCCCUGUACAACAACGAGCCCUUCUCUGUUAUGCUCUUUGGGAUGGUGACCAAGUUCUGCAGUGGCCACGCUCCACAUUUCCCCAUGAAGAAGGUUCUGCUCUUGCUCUGGAAGACUGUGCUGUGCACCCUGGGGGGUUUUGAGGAGCUGCAGAGCAUGAAGGCAGAGAAGAGGGAGAUCCUGGGCCUGCCCCCUCUGCCCGAGGACAGCAUCAAGGUGAUCCGCAACAUGCGGGCAGCGUCGCCCCCUGCCUCUGCCUCCGACCUCAUCGAGCAGCAGCAGAAGAGAGGCCGGAGGGAACACAAGGCUCUGAUUAAGCAGGACAACCUGGAUGCCUUUAACGAGCGGGACCCUUACAAAGCUGACGACUCCCGUGAGGAGGAGGAGGAGAAUGAUGAUGACAACAGCCUGGAGGGAGAGACCUUCCCCCUGGAACGGGAUGAAGUGAUGCCUCCCCCCAUCCAGCACCCCCCCAGUGACCGCAUCACCUGCCCCAAGGGGCUUCCCUGGGCCCCCAAGGUCCGAGAGAAGGACAUUGAGAUGUUCCUGGAGUCCAGUCGCAGCAAGUUCAUCGGCUACACGCUGGGCAGUGACACCAACACCGUGGUGGGCUUGCCCAGGCCCAUCCACGAGAGCAUCCGAACCCUGAAGCUGCACAAGUACACGUCGAUCGCGGAGGUGCAGGUGCACAUGGAGGAGGAGUUCCUGCGCUCCCCGCUCUCUGGGGGGGAAGAAGAAGUGGAGCAAGUUCCUGCAGAGAUCCUGUACCAGGGCCUGCUACCCAGCCUGCCCCAGUACAUGAUUGCUCUGCUGAAGAUCCUCCUGGCUGCAGCCCCCACCUCCAAAGCCAAGACUGAUUCCAUCAACAUCCUGGCAGAUGUCUUGCCAGAGGAGAUGCCGACCACAGUGCUGCAGAGCAUGAAGCUGGGGGUGGACGUCAACCGGCACAAGGAGAUCAUCGUCAAAGCCAUUUCUGCCGUGCUGCUCCUCCUGCUCAAGCACUUCAAGCUCAAUCACAUCUACCAGUUUGAGUACAUGGCCCAGCAUCUGGUCUUUGCCAACUGCAUCCCACUCAUCCUGAAGUUCUUCAACCAGAACAUCAUGUCCUACAUCACUGCCAAGAACAGCAUCUCUGUCCUGGACUACCCGUACUGCGUGGUGCACGAGCUGCCCGAGCUGACAGCAGAGAGCCUGGAAGCUGGAGACAACAACCAAUUCUGCUGGAGGAACCUCUUCUCCUGCAUAAACCUCCUGCGCAUCCUGAACAAGCUGACCAAGUGGAAACACUCCCGCACCAUGAUGCUGGUGGUGUUCAAGUCUGCACCCAUCCUGAAGCGGGCGCUGAAGGUGAAGCAGGCCAUGAUGCAGCUCUAUGUCCUGAAGCUCCUCAAGGUCCAGACCAAGUACCUGGGCAGGCAGUGGAGGAAGAGCAACAUGAAGACCAUGUCAGCCAUCUACCAGAAGGUCCGGCACCGCCUCAACGAUGACUGGGCCUACGGCAACGACCUGGAUGCUCGUCCCUGGGAUUUCCAGGCUGAGGAGUGUGCCCUUCGUGCCAGCAUCGAGCGCUUCAACUCCCGGCGCUACGACCGAGCUCACAGCAAUCCUGAUUUUCUGCCCGUGGACAACUGCCUGCAGAGUGUGCUGGGCCAACGUGUGGACCUGCCUGAGGACUUCCAGGUCAACUAUGACCUGUGGCUGGAGAGGGAGGUCUUCUCCAGACCCAUCUCCUGGGAGGAGUUGCUACAGUGAUGGAUUGAUGGACAAGCCAGGGACGCAGGAGGUGUCUUUUUUGGGGGGAGAUUUGGAGGCUGCCUGCUGUUGAGGGGGAAGGGGAGUGAGGAUUUGGGGAGGUUUGGGGGUGCCUGGACCCCCCCGUGCUGGGCUUGGGAAGAGGUUUGGAGCUGGGGGAGUUCUAGGGGUGCCUGGAUCCCCCAUGGUGGGCUUGGGAAGAGGUUUGGAGCUGGGGGGUCCUUGCCAAGACACCAUCCUGCCCUUCUCCCUCCUGCCACGCUCAAGGAUGAAGCCUUGGUGGAGGCCACGGUGCCUUGGGAGUUUUCUGGUGGGUGGGGGGGACCUGUGUGUGCCCCCACCCGAGGCUUUGGGACCACCAUCAUCCUCCUCCUGCCCCCACCAGCUGGGGAGGAGAGGAGGCAGUGGGGCUCCUUGGUGCUGCUGCAGGACACGGGGAGCAGAGGCAGGAAAACGGGCUGUCCCCCUGCCUGGGGACAUGGUGACAGGGGUGGGGGUGGACUGGGGUUGAGGGGCUGGCCUGUCGCGACAGGGUGGGGAGGGCUGAAGCCUGCAGUCUGCCCUCGCCCCGCUGGGUGGGGUGGAUGAGCUGUACAUACAGAGAUGUUUCCUGAGAGCUCUGACGCGGGUGUCUGGGCUCUGCUGUGUCCCUGUCCCUGUUGAACUCUGUGUCCCUGUCCUUCCUGGGCUCUGUCCCCCCGUCCUCCUGGGCUUUGUGUCCCCUGUCCCUCCCAAGCUCUGUCCUCGUGUCCCUACUGUGUCCCCAUCCUCCUGGGCUUUGUGUCCCCCUGUCCCUACUGUGUCCCCAUCCUCCUGGGCUCUUGUCUGUCACCCUGUUCUUCCAUCCCCAUCCCUCCCAAGCUCUGUCUCCCUGUCCCUCCUCAUGAACCCAGCAAUGGGCUGGGCUGGUGCUGGGGGUUCAUUGUCUCAUGCCCUUGACCCCAAGUCCCAUUUGGGGCCAAUUACCUGUUGCCAAAAGACCCCCUAUUUAUUUCUCUUGCAGCCAGAUCUUUUUACCUGGGGGAGCUGCUGAGGUGCAGGAGCCCUGAACCCUCUCCAGUUCUUGCCCUGGGAUUUCUGCCCUGGCGUGGUGGUGUCACUGGGAUUUUCUUUGGCUCCUGCUCCCAGCAGAGGAGCUGGAGAUGGGACCCACCAUUCCCAAAACCUCAGCCUUACACCUUCACAGAACCAUGGGGUGAUUUGGGUUGGAAGGGACCUUCAAGAUCAUCUAGAUCCAACCCCCCUGCAUGGGCAGGGACACCUCCCACCAGCCCAGGUUGCUCCAAGUCCCAUCCAACCUGCCCUUCAACACUUCCAGGGCUGGGACAAACCUUGUUGUGCCUCAGUUUCCCUGGCAGAGGGGGAGGUAGCAGCAGAAAUCCUGGGAGAUUCAGCCCUGGAUUGUUGGGGGGUGGCAGAGAGGGGGGGUUGUUUGCAUCCUGCCCGAGGGGGUGGGCAGGGCAGGGGCAGCCAGGAUUGACUCCCUGUCACCUCCCCACGGCCAAGGGACAGGCAGUGACAUCGAGCCAGACCCCAGCCCUCCCUCCAAGGUCCCCAAUGCUGCACCCUGACCUUGUCCCCCCCACCAGCAGGGGGGAUGUAUCCCCAGCAGGAUCCACCCAGGGGGGCGCAGCCACAUUGCACCCCCCCCAGGGUGCUUCCCAUCCACUUGGGUGCCCCCAGCACCCACCCCAUUCCCGCCCCCCCACCCCAGAACCUGGUCCUGGUUGGAGGGGGGGGUCUGGUGGGUGGGAUGCUGGCAGAUGAGGUGUGAGCUGAACUUCCAUCCCUUCCUGCUCCCAAACAUUCCCAGCUGCUCUGGGCGGGUGCAGCCAGAGCCCUGAAGAACUUAUUAAACAUGUGCUUUAUUGUUUAUAAA